GCCAUGUUUCAUUAACUACAAAUAUUUUUUUGUUUAGUUAAAUAUUAAGGAAACUUAUGCUUGAUAAUAAAGCUUAUCUUAACUCCCCAAGAACAAAAAAAGGAAAAAUCAAAUCUCAAGAUAUUAGGUGUGAAUAUCACGUUAAAAAAACGUAAACUCGCUCAUUUCAUCACCAAAGUCACGGUUCGGAAUAUCAAAUGUUUUGCUUUAAACCGGUACAGUUAUUAUCCGUAUCUGCCGUACAAAUUCCAAUCCAACUCCGAUAACACUCAAUUUUAUGGGCCCUCAAAUUGAUGACUUUGGGAGCAUCCCAUCCGGUAUGGUAUGACGUCGGCGCCAGAACGCACACUGCCACAGCCACCUACAGACGGCCAAGUGACUUCACUCGACAGUAAACGCCACCAUCUGCAGCAAGCGUAAGAUGGCUCUGUCCAUUAGAAAUUCUAAUUCAACGCACUUUGAACUUUGCGCACGGUCGUAAAUUAGCGAACCUCCAUCCUUGACCGGGGGCCGAUUUCGAUGCUAGCGUCGACACAAACCCAGACACAGGAUGCACGCUGUUGCCAGUGUUUCGGGUGAUUUUGCGAGACGAGCUCAUCUUCAUAUCAUUUCAUCCCCUAACUAACGAUGCGAUUCUUGCUAUGGAAUGGCUAUAGUGCUUGAUAACAAAUGAUGAUGCCGUUGAUGAUACUUUUCUUUUCACCGGUUCCUCGUGUCAAGCUGAAAGGGAACUCGUGAAAUGAUCGUAAAAUUAAGAAAAGCAAAAGCAAAACAAAACCAAAAAAAUAGCUAUCUAUUCGAGCAGACAUUCUUAUGGCGGAUGGUUUGAUUAUUGGCCACUUCAGGAUCGUAUUUGGUGAUUUUGGGAAGAAAAUUGAACCUGAUCAUCACCGUUUUCGAUGGCAUGAUGGUGAUGACCACGGCAAGAGGAUGGUUAACAAUAAAUGACCCAACGGAAGAACAUGUAUGGUUUAGGUCGCGGUUCUUGAAGUUUGUGGACAUCCCCUCUUCCUGAGAUAUUCCCAAGAAUGGUGAAACAUUUUCGAUGAUCAAAUUCGCAUAUAAAAGCCAGUCUAGGAAGGGUUUGGAUAUCAGUUGCUCAGUGUUAUCGCUAAGAAUAAACGCUAUCUCGCAUUUGGUUGCACUUCGUAAACUUCCUGCGAUAAAAUUUUUUAAAAAGGAUUCAUCAUGAAAUUCAUUGCUGUAUUUGCAUUUGUGUGCCUGUUGGGUGUGUGCCUCGCUGAAGAAGCCUCCAUCGUGUCCGACGACAAGGAAAUGAACGCUGAUGGAAGCUACAAGUUCUUCUACGAGCAGUCGGAUGGCCAGAAGCGUCAAGAAAAGGCAGAAUUGAAGGCAUCCUCGGCGGAUCCGGAAGUGCAGGCCAUCUCAGUGAGUGGAUCGUACGAGUACACCGACAACAAUGGCAAGCGAUAUCUUGUCACUUACACCGCCGAUGAGAAUGGGUACCGUCCAACGGUGAAGCAGCUGUAAGUGAUUGCGCUGGAUUGAAGCUGUAAGAGCUUCGGGUGUUAAGCUUUAGGUAUUUCUUUGUUUUUCUGUGGUGAAACAUUGAGAUGAGCGUGUAUGUUGAAGUGUGGAAAGAAUAAACGCUACUUCGGUUUUUGCUUUGUACAAUCAAAAAGUCGUAAUAUAAGACGAAAUGUUCAUUUAGAUGACAAAACUGGUUUGGUCUAAAACGUGUGCAAGGUUAACCACUAGGCAUGGAUGAACUAUUUAUCGGAUAAAAUUGAUUUGAAAUGCAAAAAAGCGAAUGUGUCAAUCGCGUUAAGUGAAUACUAACAAACACAUUAAUCCAUCGAAUCACGUUGCUGAUGCGCGAAGAGAAGAUCUCCUCGUUUGCACUUGGAGAUCAUGUAAAUUCAAUGCACUUCCAGCACGUUUUUCACUCACUUACGCAGCUAGAUUUCUUCGCCACCCUUAGAGGUGAAAGAUGCAAUUUUACAUCUUUUUCUUGAAUGAUGGGUUUCAGGCAGUUCUCGGUAGCAGUUAAAACACGUGAUGGAAUCGGAAUAAAGAUGCGCUACAGCCGAGCUCAUCGGUAUUUUAAUUAGAAAACAGUUUUCUUCAUUCUUAUUUAACUUUUCGACAAAGCGUUUCAAAGUGAACAGUAAUAAAUAACAUCAAUUAAGCUAAAAGGAGCAGCUAUCAAACCACGAAAGCAACACAUCAACAGCAUCGCAGGUGAUCGAUGCUCGGAUGUGCACGGUUGCCCCCCCCUUGUGCCGAUAAUCUCUAGCCACGAGUUUAAAUGUCAAACAGUGAUCCAGCACUCGAUCGUGUAUCACACAGCCACUGGGCGCUGCACAGAUUCAAGUGGAAAAUUGCACCAAACCAACCAGUUGUCCUCGAUCCCACCAGAUGCUGGAUUCGAAGAUCCAGACGCACGGCGUCUGAAGAUGGCACACCAUUUGCUACCGUCGUUACAGCGGUGUAUUAACGACUGUGUGCAUAGGUUUGAUAAGAUUAUGAUGCUCCGACGGGUUUGAGUGUUCAAUCAACGAAACCAUACCGAUGAUACCUAUUGACGAACGGUAUCCCGCAAGCGCGAAGAUCUUAUGGGUCAACAGGUAAAAGGGUCAACGUGAUGAUGCUUUAAUGCUUGAUUGCAGAAGGGGAAACGCCACUGGUUUUUUGAUUGCAACGUUUCUCUGAUGAAUGGGUAAACAUUUGAAUUUAAAACCAAACCCAAUUGCUGGAUAAUUUGUGUUUAAGGAGAAGAGACAACAAAUGCUGAUCAUAUUCGGCAAUGCACGGUAACGAGGAUGGAUGGAAAUAAAAAUCUCUUCGAUGCUGUAUUCACACUUCAGCUUCACUUUCAUUUGGCACACUCAAAAUACCAUUAAAUGUGAGAGUGAUACACCGAUUGCCUACCUUUGGGCGUUGAUCUUCAACGCAGCAUCUUACAGCAAAGUGAACAAAUGUGUUCAACGUUAAAUCAAGCGACGAACCCAUAGGAAAUGAACCUGUCACGGUGUAACUCACCCAUUCAUUGAUAAAAAAAAUUGUACCUUGAAAUAAAUUUGAAUUAAAUUACUAUUCCAUUACAUUAAAUGAGGCGCAACACAAUCAUAUUAAAAAAAAUUAAACAAUCAUUGCGUUAAGGUUUCCUUUCGUUAGUUCGCAAGGGAGAAUAAAUUAAUGUAUGCACGGACGUGCAUACUCAAAGGAUGAUGAAUUUUACUCGCUGCCACAUUCGGUAGUGCCACCGUAAUAUGGUGUGGUUACGGGGAAUUAACUUCUGCCGGCCUGACCGUACCGUGCGUUUCGGUUCCCCUAAAUUUAUGUUAAACACCAACAGCCCAACCAACUGAACGACCGACCAGACAACCAGGUCCUGUACCUUCCCGAAUACGAAGUGAUACCAAUGCCUUUUUGCGGCAGUGCCGUACACCUAGGGAGCGGUAUUAAGUGUAUCGUGACAUUCGGGACGGUUCUUCAUGAUGCCCUACAGCGAAGGACAUCCUAUUCAAACAUUCAAUCACUGCGCACGGAGGGUGAACGGGAAAAUCGUUUUAUUAUUGCAAGCCGUGCACUACCAGGGGAACGACCGGCUGCACCGGCCGCUGUAAAGUAUCUUACCAACAAGGACAAAAGAGAAAAGAAGUUUGUGUUUGUGUGUGUAAGGUAGAGAGAGAGAGAAGAAGAAGAGCGCAGGGUUGUAUAGGAUGGUGGUUUUAGCAUUUUAAGGAUUUAGCCACGGUAACACCUGCAUGUUCGUCUCGGUUCUAAAAUAAACACCACUAGUCGGCAACAUGACAGGGGUAGAUUUGGUCCGCAAAUUUCUCUCGCUUUCUCUCUCUCUCUCUCUCUCUCUCCCUACCUUCACUCGCAAAACAAGGGUACAAGGGUACAAAAAACACAACGAUGAGGUGAAAGCGAUUUGUUGUGUUUGGGAGGUAGCAAAAACAUAUGAUCGGUUCUCAGCGUACACUUAACUAUAGGAAGGAC